AUGUCCGAAUUCUCGUUGCAAUAUGUUCCGCAAAAGGCAGUAAAAGGACAGGCAAUAGCAGACUUUCUCGCUCAUCACCCCCCUUCAGAGCUCACGGCGUUUCGCAAGUUGGAAUUCGCUGCUGUGGCACUCGCGUCGUGGACCCUUUACUUUGACGGCUCAUGGACUGAUACCGCAGCCGGCGCCGGGAUAGCCAUAGAAAAUCCCGCCGGAGAUCGCUUCUCCUACUCGCUCCAGCUCGAUUUCAAAUGCACCAACAACCAGGCCGAAUACGAGCUGGUGGAGAAGUUCAAGUGCUUAAGCUCGUCCAUUGAACCAUACCUGCGCAAGGCAUUCGAAGUGUUGGAUCAAUUCGACGACGUCUACAUCGAACACAUACCACGCGAGUUCAACUUCGCCGCCUACGAGCUCUCUCAAGUAGCUUCCGGCCUCAGCCUGCGCCAUGAAGUGCACGAACGUUUGCUCAAAGUCGAGCGACGUACCCUUCCCUCUUUCAUUGCUAGGGGGCAAUUUCAGACCGACACCCCAGAGGUCGCGGCCCUAGACCCUAUUGACGAGGAUUGGCGGCUACCAUUUAUCGCCUACCUCCAGAAUCCUAAUGACGCCACUCACUGCAGACAGAUACGUUUCCUCGCUUUAAACUUUGUUUUACGCAACGGCGAGUUUCGUCGGCGUGGUGAAGACGGAAACGACUUCCGCUGCGUGUAUGGGAAUGACGCUAAGCGUCUCAUGCGCGAAUCCAACGGCCAAGCCGAGGCCAGUAAUAAGGUCAUACUUGACAUUCUCCGAAAGAUGCUGGAGUUGACCCCGCGCGUCUGGCAUGAGGAACUUUACCACACCUUGUGGGAUUACCGCACUUCAAAGCGCGGCCCGACGGACACUACCCCGUAUGCUCUUAUGUAUGGUCAUGAUGUCGUCCUUCCCCUAGAGAUCAAUAUCGCUUCGCUCCGCGUUCAGGAACAACACCAACUACUUAGCGAAGAUUACGUCCAAACUAUGUGGCAGGAACUGGAAGAUCUCGAUGAACACCGCGUCAUCACUUUCAACAAUCUCAUCCUCGAGAAACAGCGCAUCGCGCGGUUGUACGAUAAAGUCACGUGA